AUGGCAGCUGCAAAGAAAAGCAGCCUCUUCCCUCCUGAUCCUUACUAUAUCCCAGGAUAUGAGGGUUUUGUCCCUCAGUACGGCUACCAGUUUGGAGAAACCUUCGGCAAAACCACUUUUCGUCUAUUCAUACAGGACUUCAGUGGGACAAAGCAUGAAGUCCCAGAUUAUAUUCCUGCACAUCCAGAAAUCAAACAGCCUGUAAAAAUUGAAGGAGUGACUUUGCCAGCAGUGACUGAAACAGUGGAUGCAGAGAGCUAUAACCGGCUCCCCAAGCUGGAUGUACCAAAUGCAAUCCAACAGAAAGCCAUUUCAGGUUACACUGGAUAUAUACCCCGCUACACCUGGAUUACCGGCGUUAACUACAUUCAGGCUGUUAAGGAUGCCAUGAACGAAUUUGACAGAAAUCAGUUUUUGCAGAGAAACACAGUUUGUGACUUUGGCAAGAGACUACCUCAGACAUACUGGCCUAACAAAAGAAUUUACACCAGUGCUGGACUGAUACCUUUCUAUACAGGCUUUGUACCAACCCUCAGACAUAGCUAUGCACUUACUUUUGGAAAUAGCACCCGAAAAGCUUACCAAAAGGAACAAAGGAGACAAGCCUGUGCACUGCGAAAAAAACUUUAA